CUUCCCCGGGCGCCUCCGCCGCCGAGGGCUCCGCGCGGGCAGCGGGCCUGGUCUCCCGCGCGCCUCGCCGCGGCCCGGCCGUCCCGUCCCAGGAAGUGGCCGUCCCGAGCGCCAUGGCUCAUUCCCCGGUGCAGUCGGGCCUGCCCGGCAUGCAGAACCUGAAAGCAGACCCAGAGGAGCUUUUUACAAAGCUGGAGAAGAUUGGAAAGGGCUCUUUUGGUGAGGUGUUCAAAGGCAUUGACAAUCGGACUCAGAAGGUGGUUGCCAUCAAAAUCAUUGAUCUGGAAGAAGCUGAAGAUGAGAUAGAGGACAUUCAACAAGAAAUCACAGUGCUGAGUCAGUGUGACAGUCCAUAUGUAACCAAAUAUUAUGGAUCCUAUCUGAAGGAUACUAAGUUAUGGAUAAUAAUGGAAUACCUCGGUGGAGGCUCCGCACUAGAUCUAUUAGAACCUGGCCCUUUAGAUGAAACACAGAUUGCUACUAUAUUGAGAGAAAUACUCAAAGGACUGGAUUAUUUGCAUUCAGAGAAGAAAAUUCACAGAGAUAUUAAAGCUGCCAACGUUCUGCUUUCUGAACACGGAGAGGUGAAGCUGGCCGAUUUUGGAGUAGCCGGCCAACUGACAGAUACUCAGAUAAAAAGAAAUACUUUCGUGGGCACCCCAUUCUGGAUGGCACCAGAAGUCAUUAAGCAGUCGGCCUAUGACUCCAAGGCAGACAUCUGGUCCCUGGGCAUAACGGCCAUCGAGCUUGCGAAAGGGGAGCCGCCUCAUUCCGAGCUGCAUCCCAUGAAGGUUUUAUUCCUCAUUCCAAAGAACAACCCCCCGACGCUGGAAGGAAACUACAGCAAGCCGCUCAAGGAGUUUGUGGAGGCCUGUUUGAAUAAGGAGCCAAGCUUUAGACCCACUGCGAAGGAGUUGCUGAAGCACAAGUUUAUAUUACGCAAUGCAAAGAAGACCUCUUACCUGACUGAGCUCAUCGACAGGUACAAGCGAUGGAAGGCAGAGCAGAGCCAUGACGACUCCAGCUCCGAAGACUCGGAUGUGGAAACAGAUGGCCAAGCAUCUGGAGGCAGCGACUCUGGAGACUGGAUCUUCACCAUCCGAGAAAAAGAUCCAAAGAAUCUUGAGAAUGGAGCUCUUCAGCCGUCAGAUUUAGGAAGUAAUAAGGUAAAAGACAUCCCAAAGAGGCCUUUCUCUCAGUGUUUAUCCACAAUUAUUUCUCCACUGUUUGCAGAGUUGAAGGAGAAGAGCCAGGCGUGCGGAGGUAACCUGGGCUCCAUAGAGGAACUUCGAGGGGCCAUCUACCUGGCUGAAGAGGCGUGCCCCGGGAUUUCCGACACCAUGGUGGCCCAGCUCGUACAGCGGCUCCAGAGAUAUUCCCUAAGUGGUGGAGGAACCUCAUCCCAUUGAAAUUCCUUUGGCGUUUGGGGUUUUAUCUCCCCUCCCCCGUUUUUUUUUUUUCUCUUCUUCAUCUUCCUCCUUUUUAAAAGUCACCGAGAGCCCUUUGCUGACUCUGAGAAGAGGUGUGCCACUGCGGGGGUUCCCGGAUCAGGAGGCUCGCCCAGGGAUCCACCGUCCCCUUGCUGCAAGAUGACACCUCUCCGACGGGGUGGACAGGGCCGGCUCCUGCAAGCGAUCCGUUCACUUUACUGUUCUGGUUUGUUUUUUUUAUUUUAACCAUAGUGCACAUAUUCAAGGAAAGUGUCUUUAAACACAAAAACCAACCCUGAAAUGUAUAUUUGGGAUUAUGAUAAGGCAACUGAAGAAAUGAAACCUCAGGUAUCCCGCUUUAAGUCGCUAGCUCCCCCCGGGAGACGGAGAAUUGCUCUGGUGGGUCGGUGUACAGAUCUGUAUAUAGUGUCAUUUUUACGGAAACCCUUUUGGCGUGCAUAAAGAAUCACUGUGUACAAAUUGGCCAAGUGCUUCUGUAGAUAAUGUCAGUGGAGUAAAUAUUGGACAGGCCAUAACUUGAGUCUAUUGCCUUCCCUUUAUUAAACAUGUAAAUUUUGAAUUAUGUGAUCAGUGAUUUGGGUUUUAUUUUGUAUUUGCAGGGUUUGCCAUUAAUAAUAAUUAAUGCCCCUCUUACGGAAAACUCCUAUUUGUACCUCAGAAAAUGCAGUUUCCUCUUUUGCCCUCCAUCCCUUUUGGUACACUUGGAAGUUGAUUUCCUUUUUUUCAUCAAUGGUACUAUUUCUUAGUGUUUUAAUUUGGAACAUAUCUUGUCCCAUGAAGCUUUAAAUGAUUACUUUUAAAGUGUCCCCCCCCAGAUGAAGCGCUCUCAUUUACCAUGUUUGGAUUUGUGUCACCGCCAGUCCUGCGCCAUGUGUAACUGCCCUGUUUGUUCACUCUUUUCUGUUGGUCCUUGUGGUUAAAUCUACAUACCCUUUCCCACCUGAAAGUGUCAGAAUGCUUAUACCAGUACAUUUGUAUCAUGCUUA